AUAAGACGACGGAAGCGCCUCGCGUGGGAAAAACAACGAAAUACUAUUGACAAUAAAAACAAAGCACUUCUUUGUAGUUGAAAUAAAUAUUUGUAUCGAUAAGUGACUAAUAAAAACGAUAAAAUAAAUAAGUAAUAAAUGGUUUGUAAGGAAAAUUUCGGAUGCAAUGAAUCAUAAUUGUUGAAGUGCCACAUUAUAAUAAACGAUUGCACACAUGUUACUAUCAAUUUAAUGAUUAAUCGAUAUUUAAAGAAAUGUAAUGUCAGAGUUGAAAUCGUCUUUUAAAUGUCACCUAUUGAGUGCAUUCCUUUGAAAUUACUAAAUAUUAUUAAUUAAAGUGAGAGAUAUUUAUUUAUUUAUCGACGCUUAUCGCUAGUAUAUACUGUUCUUUUUUUAUAAUCAUCAUGAUAACGUUAAGCUGUCUUCCGAAUUAUUUAUGUUAUAACCUGAAAGUGAACAUCGGAACGAUCGGUUUAUGUACAUUAGAUUGAAGGUAAUUGGAAGUAAAUUGGUCUCUAAAAUGAAGCCAAAAGUUAUAUUUUGAAAGUGGUUAAUUAUAUUAAAAAAUGUUAAAACAAUUAAAUAAGACAUGCCAGGAACGAAAGAUAAAUGGAUUAGACGUUUCGUUAUACCCGAAACUACACGACACAGUAAAGGUUUUACCAUUUAUAAAGUCACAUCCGUGGUAUACUUAAAAGCGUCCAGAGAGGAAAUAUCUAAGGUAUCUGUUUGGAAACGUUACAAUGACUUUAAAAAACUCCAUUCAGAAUUAUACGCUUUACAUGGACGCUUUCAAAUUAAAGACCAUUUUCCUCCAUUUACAAAAUCUAAAUUUUUUGGGAGAUUCGAAGUGGAAGUUAUUGAAGAAAGAAAGAACAGCGCGUUACAGUUCUUAGAUUUUAUCGGGAAACAUCGGUGCUUAUAUACCAGUGACAUUUUCAUCAGAUUUUUUGAGAAUAGUCUCAUAGAUUGUAAUAUAAAUGAUUGUUCGCAAUCCAUUAGUUCUGAUACUUCUGAAGAAGAACAUAAUAACAUUGUAGAGAGGACGUGUCUUUCGCAGACGCAAGUUACAGGGUCUCCAGUUGUAGACAAAAAUUCAUUAAAAUUAAAUACAGUCGCUUCCUCCAAAGAAUAUGACAAAGAAUCUAAUAUCGCUAAUGCGGUACAGACGCAAAUUAUAGAACAUAGUCAUAUUUCUAAAAGCGAUAAGACUUUAGGCAUAGAUACAAGCGUGUCAAAUGUACAUGACAAAUUAGAAGAUAAUCUAAUAAGUAAACAUGAAAAUUUAAAUGAGGAAAAGUAUGAAAUAAAAAAGACAAAAAUGGUCAAAAUUCCCAACUCUAAAAUGAUACAAGAUUGUUCGGAUCUUGCUCGUACAUGCAAGGACAUUACACAUUAUAUCAUAGUAGCUGCAGCUUAUAUAAAUGCAGCGUUCAAGCACGAAGCUAUUGCAGAAUAUGAAGAAGCAUUUGCUCAAUACAAAAUGGGUAUCUCUACGUUAUUGCUUGGCGUAGAAACAGAUCCUGAUCAUGCAAGGAAAAUAAGAAUUAAAAAAAAUAUAUCUAAAUAUUUAGAUAGGGCGGAGAAAUUAUAUAACAAAUACUUAAACUUGAAUAUUUCUGUGCUAAAUAAGCCCGUGUCGGAUCUUCAAUAUUACAAAGUAUUGAAAAUUAUAGAUUCCGUAAUGCUUGUUACAGAUUUGCAUUCGAGUAAUCUUAGAAUUGUUAAAAGUAUUGAAAAAUCGUUAUACAGUAAAGAAAAUAUUAACAAUUAUAUAUUGCGUGGGCAAAUACCAUUUAUGGUGCAUUUGCAUGCAUAUAUUGAAACUGAGACGACGGUAUUUCUUAUAUUGGAAUACAUUAAACGUGGUAGAUUGUGGGAUUUUAUAAUGAAAAAUUACAAGCUAUGCGAUCAAUCCUUUAAAAGAGAUUCCUUAGAAACGCUUGGUAUCACCAUUCAAUAUCCAAAUACUUUUGAAGAAAUACUUAAUAACGAUAAUGAAAUGAAAUUAAUUAGAAGCGAAGAGGUAGAACUUCCUUGUACUUAUGACACUGCAUCGACAGAGAUAAAACAUAUGUUAAAGAAAGAUAAAGAUCAAUGUCAGAAGGAUACUUUAAAUGAAGCCUAUGGCAGUGACGUGCCUACGACACAAUUAUUAGAAAAAGCGCAAAAAUUGCUACAAUCCGUUAAUGCUACUUUAAGGAGAAGUAAUUCUGUUGCUAUCCAUUUAAAUGAAAGCUCCCUUAAAUUAGCAUAUAAUUAUAAUCUUAAUGAACCCGCACGCAAUGAUAGUAAUAAUAAAGAUAAGAAAGAGGUGUUUGAAUCGAUAAAAUUUUUGGGAAAAAACAAGAUAGUACCAAUAAAUAUGUCAAAGGAGAAUAAUUUGACGAAAUGUUUAAGUAAUAGCUUGGAUUUUAGUUUUAGCGAUACACAAGAAAAUGAUAUGUUAAAUAGCACUAGUUCGGACGCAUCGUGUAACUCAAUGAUAACAGAUAAGAAUCUCAAAUAUGAAUCUUUCCAAAAUGAAGAUAUUAUCGAACAAAGAAAUGCAUCAAUGUCGAAAUAUUUAAAGGAUACUAAUUGUAUGAUAGAAAAGAGCAAAGAAUGUGCUCAUGUGAAGAAUCAUUCUGAUCCUAAUUGCGACAAACUGGUAAAUUGGGAAAUUAAGGAAGAAGUUGUUUGUCGUUGGGCAGCAGAAAUUCUGUUAGCACUCGAAGCGUUACAUCAACAAGGAGUUAUCAUUUUUGAUUUGAAACCUGAAAAUAUUUUAUUGGAUGACCAUGACCAUGUAAUAUUAACGUAUAUUGUACCAUAUCGUAACAUCGAAUUAACCAAAAUAAGACAGGCAUAUUCGUCUCCGGAGCUGUACACAUUUUCGCCUAUGACUUCUAUUACGCCAGCAACAGAUAUUUGGAGUUAUGGAGUCAUUUUAUACGAAUUAUUAACAGGCAUUGUAUGCUUUAAAUUGAUUCAAAAGUUUAGAUCCUUGCACGCCGAACCAUUUCGUUCUCAUUCCGUUGUUAGCAUACCUAGUCAAUUGUCGGAUAAUGCCAGAUCUUUACUUUUAAGUAUUUUAAAGUACAAGCCAGAGGAACGAUUAACAAUAUCAGAUAUAAAGAAGCAUUGCUUCUUUGAAAAGAUCGAUUGGUUCAACAUGGUAUAUUGUACAGUUUAAAAGCAAAAUAAUAUGAUCUAUGAUC